AUGAAAUGUACAGUGAAAACACACCUCGCCUCAUUUACAGUUCUAACUUUCCUCAUCACCUUUCUUAACUUUCAGGGCCUGAUUAGAAAGAAUUACCACAGAUACUUAAUAAGCAGGAAUAGCCUACACUGCAGAGCUGGUGUGCCUUGCGUUUACGAGAAUGUUGUUGAUCUCAGAGUAAUAGUCAUAACGUACGAUCGUGCGGUCAGUGUGAUGAAACUGCUGAACAGUUUGCAGUCCCUGGAACUCGACGGGGAUAAAGCCAUACUAGAAAUCUGGAUCGAUCGCAAUGACAAAACUGGAAUACAUAAUGAAACCUAUAAGGCCGUAUCAGAAUUUAAGUGGAGGCAAGGCCAAACGAGAAUUCACAACCAGAGCAGGAAUGUGGGCAUCAUGGGACAGUGGAUUAAUACGUGGAGACCAAAACAUGCCCCACCUUUCCAGCCACGAAACAUGACGUCGACCAUAUAUCCCUAUCACGAAAGUUUUGGAAAAGAAAUCGCCUUAAUAUUAGAAGACGACUUGUCAAUCUCGCCGCAGGCUUAUCGAUUCUUGAGAGCUGCCCACAGAAAAUAUAAUCGGAGGGCUGACUAUGCUGGCGUGUCGCUGCAAAGUGAUGAAGCUCUAGCCCUGAACAGUAACAAACCUCUUUCAGCCCCCAAAAACGAAUCGGCCCUAAUGUACGUCUGCAUAGGAACGUGGGGGUUUGCUCCAUCACCUCAGUUCUGGGCCGAGUUUCAGGACUGGUUUCAUUAUGCCAGAGGAGUUAAAGGGUUCCAACCGUACGUUGAUGGUACCGUUGUAAGUAGCUGGUUUAGGCAGUUUGUUAACAUGGGAACAGCGGACACCAUGUGGGAGAUGUGGUUUAUACAUUUCGCCACCAAGAAAAAUAUCUUCACGGUUUAUAGCAACUUGAAACAUGUGAAUGGCGACAAGGCGGAUUCUUGCGUCGGCAUUAACAGGCCGACGCGAAAAAGGGCUACACUACCACAACAAAGGGCCAGAAAAUUUAUGCAAACUCCUGGAACACUGGGACCAGAAAUACGAAUCCAUGCUUCCGGAUGA